AGGCUAGUCUCGAACUCCUGACCUCAGGUGAUUUGCCUACCUCGGCCUCCCAAAGUGCUGGGAUUAUAGGCGUGAGCCAGCACGCCCGGCCUCUUUCUUAGAUGAUUAAGCCAUUGUAUGGUUUUGCAGAGCAUUAUUUCAUUCAACAAGUACCUACUAUGUUCUGGGCACUGUAGUAAAUUCUGGGGAUGUAGAUGAGCAAGACAGACCAAGUUCCUGUCUUCAUGAGCUGUAAUUAUCAUCACAUACACAACUAUAGAUAUAGAGGGCAUGUUAACUGCAUUGCAUUGAAUACAUGUGUGACAUACCAUGAAAUUUGAUCUUUAUGAAUAAGUUACUAUUACAUACUUGUCAUUUUUCUUUCUAUCAAAAAUAGAUUGUACAAUAUCAGUUAUUUUCUGGUUGUUUGGAUGCCAGAUAAAAAGGAGUUUAUUGUAUUUGUCUCCUUCCAUCUGAACCUGUGUAUGGCAAACUGCUCUUUUGCAAAUAGAUGCUAGGCUGACCCUGUGCAAGGUGGGAAACCUAUUUAGAAAUGAAUCACUAUAACUUGAAAUAAAUGUUUACACAAAUGAAAGCAGGUUUUGUCUUUUUUUUUUUUUUUUUUUUUUUGAUCCACCUUUUACUGACUAAGCAACAUAAAACUCUGAAUAUGUCCUGAGUACCUUCUAUAAGGGUUUCCUGUUUGUUCCUUUUUUUUUUGCUUCUUGCUAAUAAUUCAGCCCUUUAGUGAGUAAUAUUGAGUGCCUAUAUAUCAGGUAGCUUCCAAUGUUCCUAAUGAACUUUUAGCUGAAUUGAGAUUUGGGUGGGUGAAGCUGGCCAUUUUUAUGUUGAUGCAACUGUCCAAAUGAGCUUGUUUUCUCAGCAAAGCUGCCAGUUGACCACCUGCUGGGCAGUGGGUUCUAAGAGGUCAAGGAUGGCCAGUGACCCCUGAGAGAACCAUAACUAAACUCCCUGUGUCUGCAUGAUGUACGAAGAACUAGCCCACUGAGUGAAAUGAAAUACUGGUUUGUUGAGUGAUGGAAAACAUCAUCAAGGCUAACUACUUGUCUAACAUGGUGAGUCAGUUCUUUCAGAGGAUGAAUGCAUGGGAUACAAAAACAUACUAGUUUUUUCUUCAAGGUGAUGGAAGUUUUGUACAUCUGUAGUGCUUUAUACAGAUGAACCUUUUACAUCUGGAAUCCACAAGACUGAGAGAGUUUUUCUGGUUAGGUGGAGGGAGGUUCUGGGCUUCCACAAGUGAAUUAGAUUCUGGCUUUUGAGUUUAUUUCCUUUCACUUAACAUUUACCUUCUUGGCCUGGUAUAAGGGUAGACUAGCUGUGAUCGUAGAGCAAACAUACUGGCACAACUGCAGCAUAUGUUAACACUGCUGCAGCUUAAUGAUGAAUGAGUGCUCAGCACUGCAGAUAUGGGCACAGGAUGCCCUAUGCUAGCACAUUGGCAGACAGCCCCUCAAUUACUGCAGUGUAUGGACGGAUUGCCGGUUUGGCAGACUUCUUGAUAAUAGAAGAUGUGAUUUACAAAUGAUAAUGGACCAUGGAUAUCCAGAUUUAGAAGGUUAACGUGUAUUUGUGAAGUAGAAAUCAUUGAUUUCUUGCCCCAUAUUUAUUGAAUGGAAUAUGGGAGGAUUGGUGAGGCCUACCCUGUUCUAGCAGAUAUCAUCAUUUGUCUUUUAGGUGUCUCUAUUAUAUGUUAUCAUAAAGUAUUAAUGUGGCAAUGUUUUCCUAGUCCCUUUCUCUUUACCAAGGUAUUCUUGGAAAAAUCAGAAGUGUUCUUGAAAAUGAUCUUGCAGUUAGCACAGCAUCAGUGUGCUGGAGAAGAGAAACGAGUUGGUACACGCACAGUGUUUGUUGGCAAUCAUCCAGUUUCGGAAACAGAAGCUUACAUUGCACAAAGAUUUUGUGAUAAUAGAAUAGUUUCAUCUAAGUAUACACUUUGGAAUUUUCUCCCAAAGAAUCUGUUUGAACAAUUUAGAAGAAUUGCAAAUUUUUAUUUUCUCAUAAUUUUCCUUGUACAGGUCACAGUAGACACACCAACUAGCCCAGUUACCAGUGGACUUCCACUUUUCUUUGUUAUAACUGUUACAGCCAUCAAGCAGGGAUAUGAGGAUUGGCUGAGACACAGAGCUGACAAUGAAGUCAACAAAAGCACUGUUUACAUUAUUGAAAAUGCAAAGCGAGUGAGAAAAGAAAGUGAAAAAAUCAAGGUUGGUGAUGUAGUAGAAGUACAGGCAGAUGAAACCUUUCCCUGUGAUCUUAUUCUUCUUUCAUCUUGCACCACUGAUGGAACCUGUUAUGUUACUACAGCCAGUCUUGAUGGGGAAUCCAAUUGCAAGACACAUUAUGCAGUACGUGAUACCAUUGCACUGUGUACAGCAGAAUCCAUUGAUACCCUCCGAGCAGCAAUUGAAUGUGAACAGCCUCAACCUGACCUCUACAAAUUUGUUGGGCGAAUCAAUAUCUAUAGUAAUAGUCUUGAGGCUGUUGCCAGGUCUUUGGGACCUGAAAAUCUCUUGCUGAAAGGAGCUACACUAAAAAAUACCGAGAAGAUAUAUGGAGUUGCUGUUUACACUGGAAUGGAAACCAAAAUGGCUUUAAACUACCAAGGGAAAUCUCAGAAGCGUUCUGCUGUUGAAAAAUCUAUUAAUGCCUUCCUGAUUGUGUAUUUAUUCAUCUUACUGACCAAAGCUGCAGUAUGUACUACUCUAAAGUAUGUCUGGCAAAGUACCCCAUACAAUGAUGAACCUUGGUAUAACCAAAAGACUCAGAAAGAGCGAGAGACGUUGAAGGUUUUAAAAAUGUUCACCGACUUCCUAUCAUUUAUGGUUCUAUUCAACUUCAUCAUUCCUGUCUCCAUGUACGUCACAGUAGAAAUGCAGAAAUUCUUGGGCUCCUUCUUCAUCUCAUGGGAUAAGGACUUUUAUGAUGAAGAAAUUAAUGAAGGAGCCCUGGUUAACACAUCAGACCUUAAUGAAGAACUUGGUCAGGUGGAUUAUGUAUUUACAGAUAAGACUGGAACACUUACUGAAAACAGCAUGGAGUUCAUUGAAUGUUGCAUAGAUGGACACAAAUAUAAAGGUGUAACUCAAGAGGCUGAUGGAUUAUCUCAAACUGAUGGACCUUUAACAUAUUUUGACAAAGCAGAUAAGAAUCGAGAAGAGCUGUUUCUACGAGCCUUGUGUUUAUGUCAUACUGUAGAAAUCAAAACAAAUGAUGCUGUUGAUGGAGCUACAGAAUCAGCUGAGUUAACCUAUAUCGCCUCUUCACCAGAUGAAAUAGCUUUGGUGAAAGGAGCUAAAAAGUACGGGUUCACAUUUUUAGGAAAUCGAAAUGGACAUAUGAGAGUAGAGAACCAAAGAAAAGAAAUAGAAGAAUAUGAACUUCUUCACACUUUAAACUUUGAUGCUGUCCGCCGACGUAUGAGUGUAAUUGUGAAGACUCAAGAAGGAGACAUACUUCUCUUUUGUAAAGGAGCAGACUCGGCAGUUUUUCCCAGGGUGCAGAAUCAUGAAAUUGAGUUAACUAAAGUCCACGUGGAACGUAAUGCAAUGGAUGGGUAUCGGACACUCUGUGUAGCCUUCAAAGAAAUUGCUCCAGAUGAUUAUGAAAGAAUUAACAGACAGCUCAUAGAAGCAAAAAUGGCCUUACAAGACAGAGAAGAAAAAAUGGAAAAAGUUUUUGAUGAUAUUGAGACAAAUAUGAAUUUAAUUGGAGCCACUGCAGUUGAAGACAAGCUACAAGAUCAAGCUGCAGAGACCAUUGAAGCUCUGCAUGCAGCAGGCCUGAAAGUCUGGGUGCUCACUGGGGACAAGAUGGAGACAGCUAAAUCCACGUGCUAUGCCUGCCGCCUUUUCCAAACCAACACCGAGCUCUUAGAACUAACCACAAAAACCAUUGAAGAAAGUGAAAGAAAAGAAGAUCGAUUACAUGAAUUAUUGAUAGAAUAUCGUAAGAAACUGCUGCAUGAAUUUCCUAAAAGCACUAGAAGCCUUAAAAAAGCAUGGACAGAACAUCAGGAAUAUGGAUUAAUCAUAGAUGGCUCCACAUUGUCACUCAUACUAAAUUCCAGUCAAGACUCUAGUUCAAACAAUUACAAAAGCAUUUUCCUACAAAUAUGUAUGAAGUGUACUGCAGUGCUCUGCUGUCGGAUGGCACCAUUACAGAAAGCCCAGAUUGUCAGAAUGGUGAAGAAUUUAAAAGGCAGCCCAAUAACUCUGUCGAUAGGUGAUGGUGCCAAUGAUGUUAGUAUGAUCUUGGAAUCCCAUGUGGGAAUAGGAAUUAAAGGCAAAGAAGGUCGCCAAGCAGCUAGGAAUAGCGAUUAUUCUGUUCCAAAGUUUAAACACUUAAAGAAACUGCUCUUGGCUCAUGGACAUCUAUAUUAUGUGAGAAUAGCACACCUUGUACAGUACUUCUUCUAUAAGAACCUUUGUUUCAUUUUGCCACAGUUUUUGUACCAGUUCUUCUGUGGAUUCUCACAACAGCCACUGUAUGAUGCUGCUUACCUUACAAUGUAUAAUAUCUGCUUCACAUCCCUGCCUAUCCUAGCCUAUAGUCUACUGGAACAGCACAUCAACGUUGACACCCUGACCUCAGAUCCCCGAUUGUAUAUGAAAAUUUCCGGCAAUGCCAUGCUACAGUUGAGCCCCUUCUUAUAUUGGACAUUUCUGGCUGCCUUUGAAGGGACAGUGUUCUUCUUUGGGACUUACUUUCUUUUUCAGACUGCAUCCCUAGAAGAAAAUGGAAAGGUAUACGGAAACUGGACUUUCGGAACCAUUGUUUUUACAGUCUUGGUUUUCACUGUAACUCUGAAGCUUGCCUUGGAUACCCGAUUCUGGACAUGGAUAAAUCACUUUGUGAUUUGGGGUUCUUUAGCCUUCUAUGUAUUUUUCUCAUUCUUUUGGGGAGGAAUUAUUUGGCCUUUUCUCAAGCAACAGAGAAUGUAUUUUGUAUUUGCUCAAAUGCUGUCUUCUGUAUCCACAUGGUUGGCUAUAAUUCUUCUAAUAUUUAUUAGCCUUUUCCCUGAGAUUCUUCUGAUAGUAUUAAAGAAUGUAAGACGAAGAAGUGCCCGGGUAACGAAACGCCUCCCUUCCUCAGGAAUAUCUACUAUCUUCAUGCUUUCUCAAACUUCCAGCAAUCACAGUUUCUCUUGGAGUGAAUAAGGUGAUUUCCUUUCUUAAUGUACCAACUUGCUUGCAUUCUCAUUUGCCUGACACCAUUUUCUGAUUCUUUAUGAAAAAUUACUUCUCAUGACUCAUUUUAUAUCUUCUAUUGAUACUUAGAGUAUUUGGUCAUUUUCUUUUAAUCAUUUGUUCACCUUCCAAAUUGUCACACUGAAGAGGAAGUAAUUUUUAAAAGCUUGAACCAUGGGUCUAUAGCCUUCAUUGAUCCACGAUAUGCAGUAGCCAUGGCGUGUUAGAGCUAGUCUGUUCACCAGGACAAGAGUGUUUUGCACAAAUAUCUCUUUGUUUGAUAUACUCACAGCACCAGCACAACUCUCAGAGGUGUUCACCAAAAGGAUGGUAAGGUUUACUAAUCAAACCAUAUUGAUUCAUCUUACCAUAUUACUUACCAGUGCCAUUCCAGAAACCUGUUUGCCACAUACUACUGUUGUCUAUUACUUCUACCACAAAAACAAUUCGAGUUGGAGACUUUCAUAGGCUUUUGAGUGUAUUUAUUUGAAUGUUAUACAUUUACUAUAUAGUGUAAUCAUUUGUACUUUUGGCCAGAAUAGUAGUCUAUAGGAAAUGAAUGUUUCUUUUUUCUUUUACCUUUUUUCUUUUAAUUGCCAGGUAGGUUAAUCAAUUUUCAAAUGAGUUAAGUAUCUUUGCCUCACUAUUACAGAGUAAUCUGAGCUGUAGAAGGGCAUCUGACUCAUUAUCCGCCAGACCUUCAGUCAGACCUCUUCUUUUACGAACAUUCUCAGAUGAAUCUAAUGUACUGUAACAGGUACCUAGUGUUAAACAAAUGGGCUGGCUUUAAAAAAAACAGAUUAACAGCAUUAUAAAGAAAGAAAUGAAAAUAUCACUCUCUAAAUUUCUCUGCUGUUGGUGUGGUGAACUUUACAGUAUUCUUUGCAAAAAUAUAAAGAUGCAUUACUUGGAAUAUGGGGAAAUACGCAUUUUUAAUUUGCUAAGCCCGUCAAAAUAAAAUGUUAAAUAUUUUUUAGAGCCAAAUGUUGAUAUAACUUAUUUAAUUUGUAAGGGGAAAGUAGUCAUGGCAGGACCAUCUUGUGAAAAUGUUUGUUAAUAUUGAUCAGGAAAUAUAACUUUGAUUUAUAAAGAUCAUUUGGAAAAUUAAAAAUAAAUAUUCCAAAAUUGCAUCUGUAUAACAUCAAGUCAAUUUAGCAUUGCAUGUUCUCUUGGGAAUUAUGUGAAAAUAACUAAAUGUGUUUGUACCUUCAUGUGCUGUGUCUGUGUGUUUGCAGGUACUGUAUAUACUUACGUCCUUGUAAAUGUCUGGUCCCCUAAUAGAUAGCAAUGAACCAGCCUAAUCAUAACUUUUCUAAUGUCAAGUUUUAUUCAAGCUAAAUGUUUCAACUUUCAGAGGUAAAAUCUUUUGUAGCCAUUCAGGGGGAUACUUGCCUAAUAAUAUAAAAUGCUUUAUAAUUAGUAUUUCAAAAAAUGAUUAAAUUCACUUUAUAAUAUAUUGUUUCACUUACCCCCAAAAAGUAUUUGGGAGGAAUUGAUUUACUGUGGCAGGGACCCUUGAACUCAAAAUGACUCCUUAUGUGUAGUCUGUAUUUCCUUCAGUGGGGACCUUUAACAACCCAUACCUCUGGAGGUCUUUUAUCCAUCCAUAGAAAUUUAGAGUAAUUCAUGAAUGAGGCUUCCAAGCUUGUCAGCUUGGAAACAAUUCUACACAGCUUAGAGCGGGGACAUCUUUCAUGCACGCAUAAAAAUUAAUGAUCAUCAUGAAUAAAACUGGGUUAGUUCACUUUGAAGCUAAUAAUUGUGAGUCCACCUCAUAGGCCCAUAUUUUUUCAUUAGCUGUCAACUCCACCACCUUCUGGCAAAUAAUAUGUUAAACUAAUGAAUUGAAUCCAUUGGUUCUCCUGUCUCCUGGAGUUCAUCACAGUCUGCAUCUGCACUGUUAUUUUAGAGGUAGGCUCAUUUUGCCACAGUUAGCAUCUUUUUACCCAUUUUUGAACAACUUACCUGCAUAUGUUUUCCCAUAGUAGUGAAUCUGCUUCACAAGUAGCCUUCAAAGUCUUUGACCCCUUUGUCCCAGAUUGCUUUGCUCUAAGCUGUGUGAUGCAUUUUAGCUAUAUUGUUUCUGGUUAAUUUUGUAUCCUCCUGGAUUGCUCUCUUUAGCUUGGUCUGUGGUUUGGGGGACUGGGCUGGAUAGAAGACACUGCUAUUGCUUUUGGCCUCUCCAGGUCCUUAUCUCCUACAAUGUCUACCAUAGAACUGAGGAAGUAUUUUUUAAAAACAAUUGUCUUAUUUUUAAUGUAGUUAUUUCUUCCAGAAAUAGAUUUUCAUGUGGCAUUAUUUCUCCUCCAGGGACAAUAAUUAGCAGUUAGUUUAGGCAUCUAGUAUGUUCCAUGGUUGGUAAGAAAACUACCUAAGUCCUCAAUGUGAGUUACAUUCUCAAUAUGAAUGGGCAACCUUAUUUUGGUUAGAGUCACCAUGACCCCCUGCAGAGCUACCUGAAAACCUACUAGUGGUUCUAGAGAAUGUGGAACAUAAAUAGAAAUAGAAGGUAUUCUAAUGAACUUCUAGUCCAACCAUGGCAAAGGAGAUGUCCCAGAAUGGGAAGAAAAUAGCAUACUACUUAAGACCUUCCCACUACUUAGGUUCAAAAAGACUGAGUUUUAGGGUGGAGAAUCAGUUAGGCUCCCUGUUUUGACAUACGACUUCCAUUUCUUAUCAUACUUGACUUACACUUGUUGAUCAGUUUGUCUGUCGUGCACCGUCCUGAUAAUAGCAUUUGAUGAUGUUUAGAGUACAGAGAAGAAUCUACAGACUUGUUAGGGAAAUACCCAUGGUUUCUCUUCCAAAAAGAUGAAGCAUAAGAAAAAUCGGAAGAAUCAGUUGACUCAUACAUACGUGAUCUACCAAAAGGAAAAUUAACUUCCAUAUUUUAGGGGGGCAACGUGCUUCUUUCAGUAAAAAAGAAGAAUAUUUUCACAAUAAUCUUCCAAAGCUGAAUAUAUCUUUAGACUUCCUCUAUCACAAUUAACACAUCAAGAAAAAACAGUAAUCGUUCAUUAAACAUUUCCUGAGCAUCUGCUGUGUGGUGGAAACUGUAUACUAGGUGCUGGAGAUAGAAGAUAAAUAAAACGUUCCUGUUUACAAGGACCUCCCAGCCUAGAGGAGAAGGGAUCAUAGCAAGGUAAACUGCUGCUAUGGUAGAUAAUCCUAGAGGUAGAAAGUAUUAGGAGAACCCUGGAACGAUCCAAAAGCAAAAAGCAAGCCUGAAUCUAUUCAGCUGAUGAAGAAAGGAUUAAAAUCUGGUUAUAGUGUCACUCUUUUUUUCCUCUGCAUGUGAAUAAAACUUGGCACUUUGUUAAGACAGUUGCUUUACUCUCCUAACAAAAUUUACUACUUGAUUUACUUCUGAAAAUGCUAAACAGACAGCUUCACAUUGUUAUUAAAAUAAACCUUUUAAAUCUCUAUAUUUUACAUUUUUCAGAAUCUGAAUCUUGAACUGCCUAUGUUAUUGUCCUACAAGCAUACUGACAGUGGUUACAGCUAAAACAGAAAGUAUGAAGAAACAACUACAAAAAGUUACCUUCUCAGGAUACUCCAUAUGCAACACACUAAACCACUCUCAUGUCUAGAGUUCACAAUAAAUGUUCAUUAAAUACCAAAUGAUUCUCUUAAGCAUUUAUAAUUAUUGUAAGCAGCCUUUAUGGCCAAAGCUGUAAGUUAAGAAUUAUAUGAAAGUUGAAAGCAAGAAUACUUAGAAUUCUGGCUUUAGGCAGAAUAAUAUAACUAUCAAAUGGGUGCUCUUUUAACCCAUGAAUUUUGUGAAUGGAUUUAAAUACAAUAUUAUAAAGUAGAAGUUAUGCAAUGAGAAUGAAUAGAUUUUGCUAAUACUGCUUUUUUUGCCUGACAGAAGAAAUAGACUAUUUGGACCACAUUUCUUGUUCCUCCUGAAUGAUCAUCUUAUUUUUUUUCAAAAGUACAUAAGGAAUACUUGAAAAUACAGAAGGACUAAAUAGUAUCAAUGCAUCAGACAGAAUAGUUAAUCCCUUCUGUUUACCCACAUGCUACUUAUGUCUUGGUAGAAUAUUCUUGCCAAAAAAUACCUUGAACACUUAUGUGGAAAGUGUUAAUUUAUACGUAUUUUUGUGGGAAUAGUAAAAAAGUUUUUUUUUUGUUGUUCUUCUGAAUUAUACCCCACUUAUGGGUGUAAGGCUACUAGACUUGAAAAUAAAGUAUAAAACAUUUCCAGUCACUUAGUAGCUCCUCAAAGUAGGAAAUAAACAGAUUUUUCCAGUGUCGAUUUUACUGGGAUCUGCAGUAAGAUGGUUUAAACCAUAGUUAUAUAAAAAUAAAGGUAAUUCUGAACAUCAGCCUUUUAUAAUUUGAUGUGAAAAGGAAGAAGAAUCGCUUAUUUUAAACUGUUGACGGUUUUUAUUUGAAAGAGACAGCAUUUAUGCAUAUAUGCAGUGCUUUUUCUUAAACUUUACCAAUUUGGAAAGGGGAAAGGAUCCAUCCCAAAAGGUGGUUCAGCUUAUAGAGCCAUGACUGUGAAAAAUGAAUGUUGUCUUUUAGUUAACUUGAACAGGGCAAUGGUCUAACUCUAAACCAUGAGAUUGACCUUGGUAAAGUCCUUGACUAGCUGAACUAGAAGGAAGGUGUAGCCUUCUAAUUAGUUCACUUGAAACAUAAAUGUGAAAUGUCUUCAUUUAAUGUUAAACACACAGUUUUUUAAGAUAUAAAUGACCAUAUUUAUUUGACUACUAGUUUUUUUGGGAUCUUUCUGGCAUGCUUGUACUAUUAAUGUUUAUAUUGUACCUUGAUUUGGAAAAGUAUUGGAGUUAAGAUGUAUUAUAUUUAAUAUAGUCCAUGUGGCACAUUUGAUUCUUCCACAUAUAUUUUGUGUUAAUGUUUAGAUAUGAUUUCUUUCUAAAUUCUAGAAAAGAACAAAAUUUCAGUUAACAGAAACCAUUUCAUCAUUAUGGACCCUUUUUCAUUAUUUCAUUUGUUCUCAUUUAUCAGUAUUAUUUUUGAGCAUUUUGUUACAUGUCAUUCACAACUUACCUAAGUGCGCUGUGUUCUGGUAGCUCGUAUUUGAGGUAAGCUGCUGAAAACAAAGUCUCUAUAUUCUUUGCCUAUUCCAAAGAGUUAAAAAGUCUACCCAGGAAAGCUUUUGAUAUUUUGUGUUUGUGCUCUUGUCUUAUGGUUGUUGUUACUGUAUUAUUAUUGUUGUUGUUUUACAUAAAAUCUAUGGGAACUGUGAAUACAGACGAGAGCCACAGUAGAGAGGCUUGUUUAAUGCAGUACCAUUAGAGGGUUCACAGGAUAAUCUAGUAGAAAAAUAACUAGUUACAUGUAAAAUUCCUUCCAGCCAGAGAGAAAGACUAAAAGUAAGGGGGAUUUAGAGUUAUAUGUCAGCUAUGCAUUACAUUGUAACACUGCAGUUCAAAUUCAGAAUGGCAAUGAUAUAUGAUAUCAUGGCCUAGAUCCUUGAGAGGGACCUGGCUUUCCUUUUUAAAAGAUAUUUUAUUGAAGAGCAAAAAAACGGCUAGUGUGGGGUUAGCAGAUUGAAUAACUGAAACAAACUGUGCAGUAUUCCUAGCACUACAAUGUAAUCACCCUAUUUGUAAUAGAGAAAGGAGAAAAAAUGUAAUAAUAGGAUCAUAUACCUAUAAUUUGAAUAAUUUUGAGCUAUCAAAAUGUCUUUGUAAUUUUCACAACUGUUGUUCAUUGUUUGACAGUGUUACCUACUAAACUGAAAACAUUCAUUCCAUAUCUACUACAUAUACACCAGCAACAGUAAAAAUGUAAGCCUAACUUUGCAAAAUUCAUAAUAAUUUAGUGAUGGAAUUUUUUAAUAACAUGCAGUACAUAAAUGUGCAGAUUUUAUGCGUGUUGACAAAAUCAUUUUUCAGCUUGCAAAAUGGGACUGCAAUAUUACAUUUUUCACUUAAGCAAUUUUUUACAUCUGUGUUGUUGCUUUCUAAAAUGAAUGUGAAUGCCAUCUUUUAUGACUGCAACUUGCCUUUUCCAUUACAGAAAUUUUUGUUUGAUGUAAUCAAUAAACUUUGGUAUGAUAUGAUUGAU